GACCCCGAGUUUACGAGACAGGUCACCAAGCUCUCCGAGGUGUUACCCCACGCGGACAAGGAUAUAUUAGCGGGAUAUCUGCGCCGGGCCGGUCAAGACGUCGUUGCCAUCGGCCAGUAUCUCGAGGACGAACGUAACGGCAGAUUACGACGCGAUUGA